AUGGGCCCCCCUCCUCCAUGGCACACCACCGGUAUUACCACCUCAACACCACCACCCUCACCAGACCAGAAGCGACGCCAUCCCCACAUCAGCACCGAACAACCCCAAAAGCGUUGCAGGAAACCAGCCAAUCCGCAGACUGCGCCUCAAUUCCGCGUCGGCGUAGACCGCCGUCCAGGACUGAGUCUUCACGUGGAGAAAGACUUACCCGCCGCCGGCGCCCACCUCCUCUUCCUCGCAUCCGUCCAGGGCAAAGUCCUUUUCCAAUAUGCAGACUCACGGGCAUUGCAUCAGUUGCCUGAGCAUGAAGUCAAUAUCCAUGGCCUCACAGGGGCAGCCCAAUAUCCGGCUGUACCCAGUGCCAUCCCAACGAGGUCCGGACAAUGGCAAGAUAUGGACGGAUCGACCGAGAAGAUCAUUCCCGCUCUGGUGUAG